AUGAGCCAAACGCCACGAACCAUUCCUGUCAAUGAUUUUAUUCUUUGUAACCUUCAUGUCAAUGCACAUAAAUUUCAAAUAACUUCCUCAAUUGCUUCUUGUUGUGAUGUUUGUGGUUCAAGUAUUACUCCAUUCAGUAGAGUAGUAAAAUGUGAAACUUGUAGUUUAUUAAUUCAUGAAGACUGUACUGGAUAUUGUUAUUUACCAUGUUUUUUACAACAAAAUCAAUCUCAAUCUAGUUCAUUAGAAGAAAUACAAAAUCAUUGUACAAAUGGACAACAUAUUCUUGAAAAGACAGUGAGAGUAUCUCCAACAUUUUGCACUGUAUGUAGAAGUUCUAUUGUUUCAUCUGCCUUAAGUGUAUUAAAAUGUAGAAUAUGUGGAUGUUAUGUACAUUCUAAAUGUAUUCAAGGAUUAACCCAUCUAUGUAGACCAGUUGCAUUACCGUCCAACAAAGAAUAUCAUUGGUUUGUUCCAGGAAAUUGUAAUUCAAAUGGAUUAACAACUCACUCAUGUUAUGUUUGUAAAAAGUCAGUAGGAAGUAACUUAGCUUUAACUGAUUUUAGGUGUUGUUAUUGUGGAAUGUUUGUUCAUCCUCAAUGCAUUCAACAGGCCCCUGCUUUUUGUUAUCAUGGGGUAUUAGGCAAAUAUAUUCUUUCUCCUUCUGUUACAGAAAUGGAUAAUGAAUUUCAUUUCAAAGCGAUUAAACGAUUUGAUAAAGAGCCAAUGAUCUUCUUUGUUAAUAGAAAAAGUGGUAAUUUACUUGGUGAACAAAUUCUGAAAGAGACUCAAUGUAUGUUUUCAGUUCCUCAAGUUUGUGAUGUGUUUCAAGGAUUUGGAUCAACUUUUGAAUAUAUUAAGCCAUAUGGUGAUGACUUCAUUGCUGUAGUUUGUGGUGGUGAUGGUACAGUUGGAUGGGUCAUGAAUGAACUAAGAAAAGCUGAGUUAAAACCAAAGAUUUUCGUUAUUCCUUUAGGUACUGGUAAUGAUCUUUCACAUUGCACUGGAUGGGGAGGUGGAUAUAAUGGAGAAAAUAUUGAGGAUCUACUUAGGAAUAUAUCCCAGGCAUUAGUUCAAAAAUUAGAUCGAUGGCAAGUAUCUAUUCAUUCAGAAAUUGCUGGAGAAACAAGAAAAUUAAUAUUUAAUAAUUAUUUCUCUAUUGGAUUAGAUGCUGGCAUUGCCUUAAACUUCCAUUUAAGAAGAGAAGCUAAUCCUGAUGCUUUCAAUUCUAGAGUAAUAAAUAAAAUUCAAUACGUAUUUAGCUCACCACAAGCACUAACAGAGGAUUCUGGAAAUAUUGAUAAAGUUAUUGCAUUAACCGUAGAUGGAAAAAGAAUAAAACUAGAACCAAUGCAAGGAUUAGUCUUUUUAAAUUUAGUAACUUACGGAGGAGGAGUUAGAUUUUGGGAUAGAGUUACUCCAAAUGAAUCUAUUGGAGGAUUAAAAGAUAGCAAUUUUGGGGAUGGAUUAGUUGAAGUAGUUGGAUUUAAGUCUGUGAUUGAAAUUCCAUUAAUUAUGUCUGGAAUGCAAAAACCUGUUAAAAUUGCACAGGGUAAGGUUAUUGAAUUAGAACUUACAGAAAAGAAACCAGCACAAACAGAUGGUGAACCUUUUGUGUUAAACCCAUGUAAGAUAGUUAUAUCUUUAUAUGAUAAGGUAAAAAUCAUGGUAAAGAAUAGCUUUUAUUAA